AUGCCUGAUACUUCUCCCUCACCUUCCAAUUCCACCUCCAUCUCGACCAGAUCCAAAGCGCGCCCGUCAUCCCUCGCCUGCGUCGAAUGUCGCAAACAUCACAUCAAGUGCGACGCUCGGCGUCCAACGUGCUCACGAUGCGCCGCAGCACGAGUCAAUUGCGUCUUUCUUCCUUCUCGGCGUGGCGGCAGACGGAAGAUUGCAAAAUCUCCGCCGCGCGUUCCAUUCGCGGCUCCACCGGUCGUCGCGCAACGUGAGGCUCAACUGGAAACACCGGGAACUACACAGCAGCAAGGGACACGACUGCGAAGUAUGGCCCAGUAUAGCGAGUCCGACGCUGGUGAACCCCAGCAGAGGCUGGACUUGCCUGACCCCACGCCCAAGUUGAUCGUGCCGGAAGCGCGCCUGGUGCGUCUCUACUACGAAAAUUUUCAUGCGGCACACCCCAUUCUGGCGCCUGCAGCACUGUUCAACAAAUGGCAGUAUCCUCCCUAUCUGCAACAGGUGGUCAAAUUCAUCGGCACCCACUAUUCCCUUGUCCUUGAUAAUGAUAUCUUGAGCGAGCCAACAUGGAUGAUGCUCAAUGCGACCGCGGAGCGAACGCCGCACAUGGUCCAGGCACUCCUGUUGUAUUCCAUCAUAAUGCGCGCGCGAAAUGAGCCUUCCCAGGCCGAGUUGUCACUCACUCGAGCCAUUGACAUGGCUCUGGAGUUGGGGAUGAACCGGGAGGAGUUUGUCAUUACUGCGGCGGCGGGUGCCGAGCGAGGCCACGAGAUGGAGAGCCUGCGUCGCACCUGGUGGACCUUGUUCACGUGGGAAAUCUACAUGACUUCUCUCAGUCAAGUGAUUCAACUGCGCUGUAGUGAUGUCCAUUCUGACGUGCAGCUCCCUUGCGAGGAGUCCACAUAUUCUUCGCUAGACACCAUUCCUCCGCCGCAGUCAUUAGCCGCGUUUCGGUCGCGCAUCUAUAGCGAGAAUGAGGACGGCAGUCAGUUCUCGUCGUUUGCAUACUAUAUUGAAUCGGCUCGAAUACUGGCCCGGGUGGUCAUCCUCAAUGCCGUGCCCGAAACCCAUCAUGACCAUCUGCAAGCCGUGGCAAACACACUCGUGAGCUGGAUUCACCAUCUGCCCCCGCGAAAAAACGAAAUCGUGGACAUGUACGGCACACUCGACGAGAUGAUGUUCCAGGCCCACUGCACAAUUCAAUACGCCGCCAUGCUUCUGCACUUACCGCGCAGCAACAUUCGUCCCCGAUUUCCCGACUCGAUGUUUUCCAUCUGUCCCAUCACUCCGUUCCGACUCUCCCCUUCUUUGACGCGCCAAGUCCACGACGUCAAGACCCUGGAGGCAUCGAAAAACCUAUCCAACCUUCUUUCAGUCCGCUCCGAUGUCCGAGGAUACAGCCCCAGUGUAGUCUUUGUCGCCAUCCUCUGCGGACUCGUCCAGCUCGCCGCCACCGAAACCCACGGAGCCGAAUGUGCCGAUCAUCACCACAAUCGUAUUGUUCUCAUCCUCGGCUGUCUCAAGCAACUGCGUGGGAAGUGGUCUCUGGCACAGAUCGGACAUGCCCAUCUACGUGGGGUGGCGGCCCAGGUCAUGACUGUCGUGCUGGAGUAUUCGCCCUUUGAACGAAAGCCCUUGCAAUCGCAACCCCUGGAUGGAUCGGGUUCUCGAGAGAACCAGGAUAAUGCGGCUAUCAGUAAUAUGCUCAUGGACGACGAGCUGAUGACGGAUCCUUUCUCAUCACGACUCUUUUCGGAGUUUAUCGAUCCCACCUGUGGGGCUUCUUUCCUAUGA